AUGAGUGAAUUGGAGAAUGUCAAGAAAGAGCUUAGAACCAGGAUUGUUGAAAUCUUGGGCUCUAUCGAAGAUGAGAUAAUUGAGCAGCUCAUAGAAAGGUUUGUGGAGCUGGGAGUGGAAAAAAUGAGGGAUAUUGAGGAUGUUGCUCGAGUGAAACCGGAGCAACUUCAGCCUAUCAUCAAGUAUCGUAAGGCAUCAAAAUUGAUUGAACAUAUUACCAAAUCUUUUGAAGAAAACAGAGGUGGCGAGUCCUCUACACAAGGGCCGUACACACAUGACUGGUCAAUCUAUCCCCCUGACAUCAUGAACAGGUUGAAUAAAGGCAAGCCCUUGUCAGGAGAACAGAUGCGGGAGCUGAAAAAAAGGACUAUAAGACAUCUGAAAUACGCUUAUCCAAACUUCGGAAGAAAAUUCUUGAAGGUUGUUGGAGAGGCCAUGUUAAAAAAAUAUUCUGUAUUAGAAUCUACCAUGGGAAAAGAUAACAAAAUUCAGACCAAAACAUUGGGCUUUUCCCUAGUGACACACUUGGAUAAUAGGAAUCGUAAUCCUACUCCCAGAACAACAGAAGAAAUUGAGGCUCCCGCAAUACCUGAAGCAUAUGGAUGUGUGAAGUGGCAAGUUGCCAACUUGCCAGAGGGAGAAACAGAAGAGAGCCUGGAAGAAAAAAGGAAAAAACUAUUAGACAUAUUUGAGAACACAGAUCAUAAAAGUUGGAACUGGGAUGGUGAAACACUACCCCUUUUGGAGGCAACCCAUUCAAUGCAAAGAAAAGAUAUAAAUACUCAGUCUGACGCUCACAAGAAAACCUCAAGGAAAAGAAAAAGAAAUGAAGAUCCAGCUCCCCCAGAACCAGCAAAGACAACAGAUGGCAUUAUUGAAGACUGGCCCUUACUAUUUUCCACAAGGGGUUUAAAUUUUCAUAUCAAGAUUUUAACUGGUGUGCCACUGAUUGAAAAAUUUGCUGACUUCCUCACAGACGAUGAAUUUUCCUCUCUCAUAGAUUUCCUAGCAACAAGAAAACAGCAAGACAAGGAAGAAAACCAUAAAGUAAAAGCAGCAAUGGAUCAGGCUAUCAAAAGAGGAACUAACAAACAUGAUGCUUCACUGUUAGCUUUAGUUAAAAUGCUGACAUUUGCUCUUGGUGAGAAGGAUAGGGGUGUAGUAAGGGUCAUUGAGGAAUCUGUAGAUAUGGAUGAAAUUGAGGAAGUCCAAGAUAUUCCUGGCCCACCAGUAUGCUUCAGAUAUUCAAAUCAUGUCCACUCUUCCAAUAGAUACUAUAUAAAUCUCAAACAAGUGUGUUCUAAUAUCUUAACUGUUGCAGGUCAAACUGCCUUCAGGGCUAAAAAGUUCUUCAUAUGUCUGGACGGAAAGGCCAGAAUGUGUGUUCGCAGGUUCUCCAGUGCAAUCACUUCAAUGUUUGCACUUUAUUUUGUAAUAAACAUUCAAUACUCAAGUGAUGCCCCGAGCACAUUAGAUUUUAUCCAGAGGAAUAUAUUGGACAUAAAUCCACCAUCUGGAUCCAAGCUGCCUAGAAGCUUGCGAGGGAAAGGGCCAGUACAGCGCUGCCUAUCCAGACUAAAAGAACAGCUUGAUCGAUUCCGAGCAAACAAUGAGGACUCCUCAAAUUCUUCUGUGGACGAACCAGACCUGGAGGCAGAAGAAAGUGAGAGUUAA